AUCGCAAAGUUUCUUGUUCGUUUUUUUGCUCUUUUUGUUCGCGAUCGGUUCUUGUUCGGCCUGACAUCUUUCUUUUCUGCUUCUACCACGUUUUGCUAAAGUUGUGGUCUGUACAAAAUGUACAACUCUGUGUCGAAAAAACGCCGGUUCGUUGCCAAUGGCAUGUUCCGCGCUGAACUGAACGAGUUCCUGACUCGUGAACUGGCCGAAGAUGGCUACUCCGGCGUGGAGGUACGCGUAACUCCGACCCGUACCGAAAUCAUCAUCAUGGCCACCCGCACCCAGAACGUGCUGGGAGAGAAGGGACGUCGCAUCCGUGAGCUGACCGCUGUGGUCCAGAAGAGAUUCGGAUUCGCCCCGGGAACGGUCGAGCUGUACGCCGAGAAGGUCGCCACCCGUGGUCUGUGCGCCAUCGCCCAGGCUGAAUCCCUCCGUUACAAGCUGAUUGGAGGGUUGGCCGUCCGUCGUGCCUGCUACGGUGUGCUCCGUUUCAUCAUGGAAUCGGGCGCCAAGGGUUGCGAAGUGGUCGUAUCUGGCAAACUGCGUGGUCAGCGUGCCAAAUCGAUGAAGUUCGUCGACGGUCUGAUGAUCCACUCCGGAGAUCCGUGCAACGAGUACGUCGAUACGGCCACCCGUCACGUUCUGCUGCGUCAGGGAGUGCUCGGAAUCAAGGUCAAGAUCAUGUUGCCAUGGGAUCCAAAUGGCAAGAUCGGACCGAAGAAGCCCCUGCCGGACAAUGUGUCUGUGGUGGAGCCCAAGGACGAAAUCAUGUACAGCACACCACGCAGCGAACCCAAGAACAAGCCAACGCUGGAACUUGCUGAAGUCGUGGAGCCGGUGGCUAGCUAAGCUGUUAAUUGUAACAUUUACAAUGUGAAGGAUGAAAAUAUAUUGGAAAAUGUGAGAUAAAAAGUAAGUUUAAUCCGCCA